AUCAUAUGCGAAACUUAGAACGGCAAGGUAGGUGAAACAGAAUUGGUGUUCCAAAUCAUUACCACUUGUCCGACGCUUUACGGUGGUUGUAGUCGCGAUCGCCGUAGAGGAUUCGAACCCUAAAGCCGUAAAGAUGCCGAAGAAGAUGGGCGUUAACAGCAAGGCUGAGGCCGCCAGGUCUCGUAAGAGCGCGGUCGAUUCCGAGCGUAAGGAACGCGAGGCUCGCGAAAAGGAGGAUCACUAUUGGCGAGAAGCUGAGGGCUCCAAAUCGCGUGCUGCUAAGAAGCGUGAGGAAGAGGCCGAGAAAAAAGCCGAAGCUGCCGCUCGACGGGCUGAGGCACGUCGCUUAGCCGAGAUGGAGGAGAAGGAAAUUGAUAAUUCGAUGAGAAAGCCUGACAAGAAGGCCAACCGGGUCUCUAUACCGGUGCCGAAGGUGACGGAUGCUGAGCUCCGGAGGCAGCGCGAGAAAGAGCAGGCGGAAAUUCAGAAGAAGGCGGAAGAGGCCAAGAAGCGGCAGGCCCGCACUGCAGCGGAGGAAGAAUAUGAGAGGAUGGUGCUCGUGACGAAUACCAAUCGUGACGAUUCUAUCAUCGAAGCAAGGACUGUGGAGGAUGCCAUCGCUCAGAUGAGUGUCACUGAUAACUUGCCGGUUGAUAGGCAUCCGGAGAGGCGCCUAAAGGCCUCCUUCAAGGCCUUUGAAGAGGCUGAGCUUCCUAAGUUGAAGGAAGAGAAACCGGGCCUUACACACACUCAAUAUAAGGACAUGAUAUGGAAGCUAUGGAAGAAAUCUCCCGACAAUCCUCUUAAUCAAAUUGCCGAGUGAAUGACCAAUUUGUAACCGAAGGCAGAUUUAUAGAGAGCUCUCAUUUGGUUCGGCAGUUCAUGAAUAUAUCAUUUACGUGGGAUGUAUUACCUACAGCAUAGCUUGUAUAUUCACCUGAUAGGAGUCUGAAUAAAAUGAUAUGGUUUAUCUUUGCCCUUUCCGGCUAUGUCAGAUUUCAUUGUAGUCGAUCGUUGUGAUGUGUACAUGCAAAAGUAUCAUGGCCACAGAAUGAGUGAUGGAAAUGCAAUUAGGAUUGUUCUAUUAUUAUUUUAAGAUAAUCGGAUUUAUUUAAGUUAGGAUAUCCGGGGUAUUUAGAAAACCCUGUGGGA